CAAGCUGGAUUUUUAGGGCCUGGCUGAUCAUUCCGAAAGAUUCAAGCCAAGAACUAAGAACAAGCUUAAGUUUGGCGGUGAAGCCAACCAAUACUUUAAGCACUUCACUGUCCCGUUGUUGUUGGGAAGGAGAGUGAGAGGCAGUAUUUUCUAUUUUCGCUCAAGACGUCGCAUUCUUUGCCAACGUGUCGAAGAUCCCUCUUGUGUCAAUCUGUGUUAACGACUUCGGAAGCCACCUCAAUCACCGACCAGACUCCAAACUGGAAGCUCGACCGACCACGAUCUGUGAGGCGAAAACGACGAGGUGCCUUUAAGCCUCGAUGAAGCGGGAACUAGGGAACCUCAAGGUCGGAACUAGGAACUCAUCUCGGCUUUUUCCACUCAUUUUUUCAACAACAAAGAACCGUUGAACCUCGAUGGAAUGGUACCCCCACUGGUAUCUUCGGGCUAAAAUGGCAGCUUGAAGGCUUUGCACAAUAAGGCGCAAGUCAUACGUAGUUUCGGGCCGCCAAUAUGGGCAAUCAAUCCUCGUCGUCGUCAAGCAAAUUGCGCCAUUUCCGCGAAAGUUGGCGCAGGCAUAAAAAUGGGUCCGAUGGGCAAAAAAAUGGGGGACCUCUUGUCUCCACUGCCGACAAAGUCCGACCUCCGCCUCAAAUUUCCCACAAGUAUUUCGAUGCCGACGAGGUCGCGCAAUUGAAGGAAUGCUGGUCCCAUAUGGAAGGGCACUUGCACGACAUUCUGUCCGACUCGUUCCUCGAGUUAUUUGCGGAGAAGCCCGAUAUCAAGGACAAGUUCUUUGAGUUUCGCAACUACACCAUCGAAGACCUUCGCAAGCAUCAGCCUGAAGCCGAAGCCAAUGCCCAAAUCACGACGACCCUCCCAAGAGCCGAAAUGGAACACCGUCCCAUCCCAAAAGCAUCCAUGUGUCGCCCAGUCGGCAGAGUCAUUCCGCCCAGGUCCAUUCGAACCCGGCAAUGGCCCAUUUGAAUACAGACCGAUCGCCCGGGCAACGCCUGUUCCAAAAGAACAACCCGUACCACCAGCGUCGCCGUGUGUCCGUGGACGAGAUUAAUGAGCGGAAGAUCCGACUUCAAGCUCAACAUUGCCACAUUCUAAACCACCACAAGAGAGCGCCUUUGGGUGGAUCAGCUCUUUCGGUGGUACCAGACCUACACGAUUACAAUCUCGGAGCCAAUGGGGGUCAAUCUCGGUCCCUGGCCAGGAGCCAUCAAGACUUAAGGACAGGCCUGACCUCGCCAUUUAGCGGCCCUUCAGCCAUGUUGUUCAAGAACGCGUCUGAAGCCAAGGCCAAGGCUUGCAAAGAGAGACGGACCUCUCUUCAUCAAUUGGUUUUUGGCCAACGGACCAAGUCUCUCGAAAAGAACAAUCAGUCCCUGACCCGUCGAGAGCGAAGUCGAAGCGAGGGCCUCUUGACCAAAUACACAGUCUCUCAAGUUUGAUUUGCUUUCUCGCUGGAUUGAUCGCCCUUAAACGGACGUACUGUAUGUAGUAAAAAACAAAAAGGAUGACAGCUGACCUGUAACCGGACACUCGAAAUAUAGAGGUGC